AUGGGUGGAUCUCCUCCUUGCGGCAAUUCUGUUCGCUCCGUCAAGGAUUACCGUCGACAGGUUGCGACUUCGCAGAGGUGGCCGACUAGGCCGCCAAGUCACCCUCCGAUAACUUUUUCGCCGGAUGACGCCGAGGGGAUUCACGUACCCCACAAUGACCCUAUUCUUGUCGUCCUUGGAAUUGGGGAGUACGACGUCACCAAAGUCCUCGUUGAUACAAGAAGCUCCGUCGACCUCAUCUUCCGAGGAACUCUGCAGAAGAUGGGAGUCGAUCUAGACGACAUAAAACCAUCCUCCAGAACAUUAACCGGCUUCAACGGAUCCUCCGAAACAAUACUAGGGACAAUCCGCCUUCCGGAACGCGCAUGUGGAGUCACUCGAACUAUCAAGUCAAAGGCUGUAAACGAAGAGGUCGACCGGUUACUUGGCGCUGGCUCAAUUCCUGAGGUGCGCUACCCCGAGUGGUUAGCAAAUCCAGUAGUCGUUAAGAAGAAUAACGGGAAGUGGCGAGUCUGCGUCGACUUCACUGACUUAAAUAAAGCUUGCCCAAAGGACAGCUAUCCUCUCCCCAACAUCGACCGUUUAGUCGAGACCACAGCUGGAAACGAGAUGCUCACCUUCAUGGACGCUUUCUCCAGGUACAACCAAAUAAUGAUGCACCCCGACGAUCGCGAGAAGACGGCCUUUAUCACAAAUAGAGGAACCUACUGCUAUAAGGUCAUGCCAUUCGGCUUGAAGAAUCCAGGAGCAACCUACCAACGGCUUGUGAACACAAUGUUCGCAGAUAAGCUGGGCGUCACCAUGGAAAUAUACAUCGACGACAUGCUUGUCAAGUCGCUACACGCCGCUGAUCACCUCCGUCAUUUGCAAGAUUGCUUCGAAACUCUCAACAAAUACGGCAUGAAACUGAACCCGGCAAAGUGCACGUUCGGGGUUUCUUCAGGCGAGUUCCUUGGUUACAUAGUCACACAGCGGGGAAUCGAAGCAAACCCGAAGCAGAUCUCCGCGGUCCUGAACCUCCUAAGCCCAAAAAACAGUAGAGAAGUACAACGGCUUACGGGUAGGAUGCACUCAAUCGGUUCAUCUCCAGAUCCACCGACAAAUGCUUGUCGUUCUACGAUCUCCUACGAGGUAACAAGAGAACCGAACCGCGGCAAAAUCUCAGGUUCUUGCGGAUUUCUUAUUCGAAUUGCCCCGGAAUUGGAACAAGACCUCACACUCCCAAACCCAAAUUGGACGCUGCAUGUCGACGGAUCUUCGACUAACAAGGGCGCAGGUGCCGGAGUCCAACUACAGUCCCCGACCGGAGAACUGAUCAGUCAGUCUUUUAGCUUCGGCUUUCCAGCUUCGAACAACGAAGCAGAAUACGAAUCUUUGAUCGCUGGACUCCGCUUUGCAAAAGCUGUCAAGGAAAAACGCCUAAGCGCCUACUGCGACUCGCAGUUAGUCGCCCGCAACGAUCGGAUGGACGCCUACCUCAAGAUAGUACAAGGCUUAGCCGCAGAGUUUGAAUUCUUCGAACUCGUCAAAGUUCCCAGAGGGGAAAACGUCUGUGCCGACGCCCUCGUAGCCCUUGGAAGCAAGCUUCGGGAUCAAGUUAAACGAACCAUCCCAAUACACCGCAUUGAGAAGCCGAGCAUCAAUAUCUCGACCUGCCAAACCGUCAUCAUAGCCCCAGUCACCGAAACCAACACGCCCGAUACUGAUGGAUUCGGCCCUGACUGGAGAACUGAGUUCAUUGACUAUCUCUCAAAGGGAGAACUUCCAACCGAGAAAUGGGCAGCCCGCCGACUAAAAAAACGCAGUGCCCAUUAUGUCGUCCUAGACGACGAAAUUCAACGAUGGACUGCGAGUAAAGUACUCCUCAAAUGUAUCCAUGGUGAUGAGACAGUAAGGGUUAUGGCCGAAACGAAUAAAGGCGCUGGAGGAAACCAUUCGGGCGGACGAGCAUUAGCGAUCAAAGUGAGAAGCCUAGGCUUCUUCUGGCCGAGGAUGAACACAGAUUUCGAGUCCUACGCUAGAAGCUGCGACAAAUGCCAACGGCACGCACCAAGCAUCCAUUGUCCAACUGAAAUGUUACGAACGAAGACCGCGCCGUACCCGUUUAUGCGAUGGGCAAUGGAUAUCAUUGGACCCCUUCCCUGCUCCCGCCAGCGACGUUUCAUUCUCGUCCUCACCGAUUACUUCACCAAAUGGAUCGAAGCUGAAGCCUACGCUCAAGUCACAGACAAAGAAGUCCGUGGUUUCGUCUGGAAAAACAUUAUCUGCCGCCACGGUCUACCUUAUGAAAUCGUUAAUGAUAAUGGAUCACAAUUAAUGUCAGGUAACUUCAAGGAGUUCUGCAGCAAGUGGAACAUUCGAUUAAGCCCUUCCACACCUCGUUACCCGCAAGGAAACGGCCAAGCAGAAUCCUCCAACAAGCUCAUCAUCGAUGACAUUAAGAAACGUUUAGACCUGAAAAAGGGUCAUUGGGCCGACGAACUCGAUGGAUUCCUAUGGAGCCACCGCACAACACCAAGAGGAUCGACUAAAUCGACACCUUUCUCUCUUGCAUACGGUACCGAGGCUAUGGCUCCCGCAGAAGUUAACGUUUCAAGCCUCCGACGUUCGAAAAUGCCCAGUACGUCGAACUCAACAAGGAGAUGCUGCUUGAUGCCCUCGACAAGAUUGAAGAACGACGGGACCAAGCUCUGCUACGAAUCCAAAACUAUCAACAUUAGAUAG